AUGCCGGUAUCAUUAGCCAUAUUGGCGGCUUUGCUGCCACUAGCUCUUGCCCAAGCUAAUACAUCCUAUAUCGAUUAUUCCACUGAACCUCAACCAAGUCUCGAUGCAUGGACACUCGCGACAAUAAAUUUAGGAUUUCCAGACUGUGAAAAUGGGCCCCUCAGCAAAACCCUUGUGUGCGACACGACGCAGUCCGCUCAUGACCGAGCACAAACUCUCAUCUCCUUCCUGACAUUGGAAGAGUUGGUGAACUCUACCGGAAACAAUAUCCCCGCAAUCCCUCGCCUCGGAUUGCCCCCAUACCAAGUCUGGAGUGAAGCUCUCCACGGGUUAGAUCGUGCCAACUUCACUGAUUCUGGCGAAUACCAUUACGCCACCUCUUUCCCCUCGCCCAUCCUAACUGCAGCGGCAUUGAACAAAACCCUCGUCAAUCAAGUUGCAUCCAUUAUCAGUACUCAAGGUCGAGCCUUUAACAACGUCGGUCGAUAUGGUCUCGACGCCUAUGCGCCUAAUAUAAAUGCCUUCCGUCACCCUGUCUGGGGCCGUGGACAGGAGACACCAGGCGAGGAUGCCUACUGUCUAUGCGGGACAUAUGCAUAUGAAUAUAUCACUGGGAUGCAAGGAGGUGUGGAUCCAGAACAUCUCAAGAUCGUCGCCACCGCGAAGCAUUUUGCCGGGUAUGAUAUUGAGAACUGGCACAAUCAUUCUCGCCUGGGGAACGAUUUGAAUAUCACCCAGCAAGAUCUGGCCGAAUAUUUCAUGCCUCAAUUUCUUACAGCUGUUCGAGACGCCAGAGUCCACAGUGUCAUGUCCUCAUACAACUCUGUCAAUGGUGUGCCGAGCUCGGCCAAUUCAUUCUUCCUCCAAACCAUUCUCCGGGAUAGCUGGGGCUUUGUGGAUGAUGGAUAUGUUUCAUCCGAUUGUGAUGCUGUCUACAAUGUUUGGAACCCGCAUGAGUAUGCGCAUAACAUCACGGCGGCCUCGGCAGAUUCGAUGAGAGCCGGCACUGAUAUUGAUUGUGGCACCUCUUAUCAAUAUUAUCUCAACGAAUCAUUCGUACAAGGAGAGAUUUCCCGAAGUGAGAUUGAGCGUGGUGUGAUCAGACUUUACUCAAACCUCGUCCGUUUGGGCUACUUCGACGGCAAUAGUAGCAUGUAUCGUGAUCUUCGCUGGUCUGAUGUUUCUACCACAGAUUCAUGGAACAUCUCAUACGAAGCUGCAGUGGAGGGUAUUGUUCUCCUCAAGAAUGAUGAGACUCUGCCUUUGUCCAAGAAUAUCAAAAGCAUUGCUCUUAUUGGUCCAUGGGCAAACGCCACAACCCAACUUCAAGGAAAUUACUACGGCAAGGCUCCUUAUCUGAUCAGUCCUCUAGACGCUUUUAAAGCAUCAGAUCUGACUGUCAACUAUGCCCUGGGCACGAACAUUACUUCACAGUCGACUGAGGAUUUCGCUGCUGCAAUUUCCGCAGCCAAGAAGUCAGAUGCUAUCAUCUUCGCUGGUGGUAUUGACAACACAAUUGAAGCCGAGGGACUGGACAGAGAAAACAUCACUUGGCCAGGCAACCAGCUUGAGUUGAUCAAGGAGCUUAGCGGUGUUGGAAAACCCCUUAUUGUUCUACAAAUGGGUGGAGGCCAGGUAGACAGUUCCUCUUUGAAGGAGAACAAGGGCGUCAAUUCGCUUAUAUGGGGAGGUUACCCUGGUCAAUCUGGUGGACAGGCUCUCUUGGAUAUCAUCAAGGGUACACGCGCCCCUGCUGGGCGACUGACUACCACCCAGUAUCCAGCAGAGUAUGCUUUACAGUUCUCUGCAGUUGAUAUGAACCUACGUCCCAGUGGAGACAAUCCUGGCCAGACGUAUAUGUGGUACACCGGCAAGCCUGUUUAUGAGUUUGGACACGGACUGUUCUAUACUACCUUCAAAACAUCGCUCGCUUCUUCCAAGACAGUCACCAACGGGCCUUCUUUUGAUAUUGUGGACCUUUUAUCACGAUCGCAUGUCGGCUAUAACACAGCGGAACAAGUUCCCUUCCUCAACUUCACCACUAGUGUCACCAACACUGGCAGUGUGGUCUCCGAUUACACAGCUAUGGCCUUUUUGAACACUACUGCCGGUCCACAACCUGCACCUAAUAAGUGGCUUGUUGGGUUUGAUCGUCUAGGAUCGAUCAAGCCACGCACAAGUCAGUCACUCGUCAUACCUAUCUCGCUAGACAACGUGGCCCGCACAGAUUCGCUUGGAAACCGCAUUGUUUAUCCUGGGCAAUAUGAGCUAGCCUUGAAUAACGAAAGAUCUGCGGUCUUGUCAUUUAGCUUGACUGGAGAGGAGGCCACCAUUUUCAAAUGGCCAUUAGAUGAGCAGCAAAUACCCGCCGCCUGA